AUGGCUCCCAAGAACGCUCUCCCCGCCGCCAGCGCCGUGACCGACGGCAUGAUGGAGCCCAGGUUCCGCGGCGUCCGGAAGCGCCCGUGGGGCCGGUACGCGGCGGAGAUCCGGGACCCCGCCAGGAAGGCCCGCGUGUGGCUCGGCACCUUCGACACCGCCGAGGCCGCGGCGCGCGCCUACGACGCCGCCGCGUUCCACUUCCGCGGGCCCAAGGCCAAGACCAACUUCCCCGUCGCGUUCGCCGCGGCCGCGCACGCGCACGCGCUCGCGCUCCCGCUGCCGAUGCCGCCGCCGACCAAGAAGCUCGCCGUGAGCCCCAGCAGCAGCACCGUAGAGUCCUCCGCCCGGGACUCGCCCGCCACGCCGCCCAGGGCUCCAUCUCCGGCCCCGACGGUGAUGCCCGCGCCGUCGCUCAACCUGAGCCUCAGCGUGCCGGCCAUGGUGGCCUCCCAGCCGUUCCUGUUCCUGGACCCGAGGCUCGCGGUGACCGUGGCCGUGCCGGCGCCCGUGCCCUGCCGGCCGACCGCUGUCACAGCAGGCGCCAACAAGCAGGCGGCACCAGCAUCCUGCCGCGAAGACGAGGAGCAGAGCGACACCGGGUCGUCGUCAUCCGUGGUGGACGCCUCCCCGGAAGCGGUCGGCGUGGGGUUCGACCUCAACAUGCCGCCGCCGGCCGAGGUGGCGUAA